GAAACAUGAGACGGAGUGGUAAAAGGUGAAGAAGAAGAGUGAAACGCAACGCAACGCAACGCUAGCAGAGCAGUGUCAAACGAACGACGGUUUCGUUGAACCUUGCAGUGCUACUUUUUUGGUAUUCUCAAAUUCACUAUGGGAUUCGUUGCACACUGCAAUUCCAAUUUGCCUUUCAUCUAGAGAUUGUUGAUUAAUUAAACCCCAAGACUUCUUCACUCCAACUACCACAUCUGUUUCAAAAUCCUCUGGAUGAAAAAUGGAUGAUGGCCGCCAACACGAAAAUGGCAGGCAUAAGAUGGAAUACUAUAGAGGAGCACAUUCCCUGUGGAAUACUGAUUCCCAGCAUCAAGUAAAAGAGCCGAAUGCACUAGUUAUGAAUAAGAAGAUUAGGUCCAUUAUGGCUGAAAGGCAGGCUGCCAUUCUAGAAAUUGAACUAGAGGCUGCUAUAUCUGAAAAGAAUGAAGCCUUGGCUGCUCGAGAUGCAGCCAUUCGGCAGAGGGAUGAAGCACUUGCUCAGAGGGAUAAUGCCCUUUUGGAACGAGAUAAUGCCCUCGCUGCCCUUCAGAGUCGGAAUAAUUCUGUCAACUUCCCAUUUGGCGGUGGAAUUCAAUGUGGAUCGAAACGGAUGCACCAUUCUUCUAACCAUCUAUCUAACAUGACUGAAGCUGCAUACAACACAAAGGAUAUGAUAAUAAGAGAUGCCUCCCCAGUGACUGUUAUACCUUCUGAAGCUGUCAAUUCUCAUCAAUCAAAGAGAUCAAAGGAGAACAAGGUAAUUAAUUCUAAGGCAUCAAAGCCACCCUGCAAAGUAAAGAAAAUGGGAGAGGAUUUAAAUAGGCAGGCUUCUUCUGAAGGGACAAAGAUCAGAUCUGAAUGGGAUAGGCAGGAUGUUGGCGUGAAUCUGGUUGCAUUUGAUGAAACUAUCAUGCUGGUCCCAGUUUGCACAUGUACUGGUGUACCACGACAGUGCUACAAAUGGGGGAAUGGCGGAUGGCAGUCAUCUUGUUGUACCACAACAUUGUCUAUGUAUCCGCUACCACAGCUUCCAAACAAGCGCCAUGCCCGGAUUGGAGGACGAAAGAUGAGCGGAAGUGUCUUUACAAGACUUCUCAGUAGGUUGGUGUCUGAAGGCCAUGAUUUAUCUAUACCAUUGGAUCUCAAGGAAUACUGGGCAAGACAUGGAACAAACCGCUACAUCACUAUCAAGUAACCUGCUGACAUUCAUAUGUAUUGAGUCGUGUUCAGUUUUGAACCUCUUGCAAAGACUGGCCUUUAGUUGAAAUCAUGCCUUGAUAAGCAUGGUAUGCUUGAAUUUUGUGAACAUUGAUAUGGCUGGACCCUACUUUUAUCCUUAUAAAUGGGAUAGCUGUAAAGUAUCAUUUAUGUACAUGUGACUUUCUACAUGACUAGAAGUAGAUCCCCUUGGGUCCCUGCAUAUUUUCAGCUUUGUCUGUCCACUAUGAAUACGCUGUGUAGGAAAUUUUCUCCAUCUUUUCUUGUUCUGUGAUCCUUUAAUCAAUCAUCAUUUAUAAAUUUCGGUGGGGAAAUUUUCCAGUUUC